UUUUUUGAAUACUGUAUAUUACGAAAAUAACCUAAUGGAAACCGAAUUUAGUAAAUUAAAUAUCUCAGGUGGAGAUUCCAAUCACAAAAAUUGUUCAUAUUGCAAUAAACCUUUUACUGAAGAAUUAUGGUGUAAAGAAUGUGACCCAUUUAGAAUAAUGGAAGGAUGGACCAGUGGAAAUUCUGUUAUUGAUAAGUUUAUAAAAGAUACAAUGUAUAAUUUUCUUGAAUGGGUACCAUUUGAUAGAUUUACAGAUAUAAAAGAAAUUGGUGAAGGUGGAUUUGCCAAAGUAUAUUCUGCAACUUGGAUUGAUGGUAAAUCAUAUUAUGAAGAACAAAGUGAUGGAAGUUGGAAAAAAACAGAACCUAUAUCUAAGAAAAUUGCCUUGAAAAGGCUGAAUGGAUCACAGAAUAUGUCAGAUAAAUAUUUAAAUGAACUUAAAAUACAUUGGGAAAUUUCUAAUAAACACGGAUUAAAAUUUUAUGGAUUAACUAAAUGCCCAGAAACUAAAGAAUAUAUGAUGAUCAUAGAAUUUGCUUAUAAUGGAAAUUUGAGAAGUAUUCUUUCAAAUGACUUUAACAACAUUAUGUGGGUAGAUAAAAUUAGUCAUUUAUAUUCUAUACUCGUAGACCUAAGAGAUUUACAUGAAUUAGGAUAUUGCCAUAAAGAUUUUCAUAGUGGGAAUAUUUUACAUGCUAGUCCUAUUUGUAUUUCAGACUUUGGAUUAUCAGGACCAGUAAAUGAACAAAAAUCAGAUGGUAAAGUUUAUGGAGUAAUGCCAUAUAUUGCACCAGAAGUCUUAAACGGAGAACCAUAUACAUCAUCAUCCGAUAUUUAUAGUUUAGGUGUAUUUAUGGCUGAAUUUUCAUCAGGAAAACCACCUUUUUACAAUAAAAAACAUGAUUUAAGCUUAGCAUUAGCCAUAUGUAAUGGACUCAGACCAGAAUUUGGAAAAGGAACUCCUGAAUUUUAUAAGAAAUUAGCUUAUAAAUGCAUGAAUGCUAAUCCAAAUGAAAGACCAACAGCUAACGAAUUAUACAAUAUAUUUAUCUUUUGGCGUGAUUCUACUUGGGGUAGUUAUGGUGAAGUAGAAAAUUUUGGUUAUAAAGGAAACGAAAUUAAAGCAGCAUUUGAAGAAGCUAAUAAAGAAAUACCAAACAUCUCAACUUCGUAUGAAAAGAAUUCUGAUGCUGUAUUUACUAGUAGAGCGUUUACAUUUAGUAAUUUAUUACCAAAGCCCGUUAAUUCAUCCAUUAUCACAUCAUAUGUUAAUAAUGAAGUUUGUGACUCCCAAUUAAUCGACUUGGAAGUAUCUAAUUCAAUACAAUUAAGAGACAUUGACGAUGAAAGUAAGGUUGAUGAUUUAGUGAAUUAAAUAUUAUUUAUUAGCUAUAUGAUAGUAUAAUUGGUAGCUUAAUUACUUUAUAAUGUACUAGCUGCUGUAACCUGUUGCGUUGCAACAGGAUUAAUUUAUGGUAAUAUACAAACUUAUACUACCCAUGGCCUUUUUUCUUAUUCUGCUACAGGUUUAUCUUACUUUACAUAAUCUUUUUUGCACUGUUCAAGCAGUUGGCAUAUUCUUUCAUAUACUAUUAUACAUUAGUAUUGUGGAAGCAUAUCUGAUUAAUCAAAUUUUUUAUUUACAUCAUUAAAAUUUACUACAUACAACUUAUUAAAGGAUGGAGAUAACCAAAAAAAAAAAUUGCAAUAAAAAAUGAACAAUAAAAAAACAACGAAAAAAAAUU